CGACGAAGAUGUCCACCACACCAGCAGCAAGAGAACACAGCUCACGACAAAGUCCUCCUCUAUUCGUCCCAUGGGAGGUGAACAUGUGAGUUUACCCUGCCUAGAAUACGACAAUCUUGAAGUUUUCUCUCUAAUCUAAGGGAUGAAUAGCUUCGGGCUUCUCAAUCACCUACAAUCUGGCCAGACAGACGAUAAAGAGACGGCACUCGAAGCGCGAGCCCUGAAAGCGAAAGAAGAGGUUGACCAAGCGCGCAGGCAGGUUGAGCGGGCGAGGGAUAGGCUCAGAAAAUGCGUGGUCGAGAGUCAGAGGAUUAGCAAGCAGUUGUCUGAGUUGAAGAAGAAUAGGUCAAUCUGAAAGGCAACGAGGAAUCAUGAGGGAGAUGUGACUGGGGUCCAAGCCACCAUGGGUGGACGAUGUUGUUUACAACGUGUGGUAGAGGACAGUGAAGAGUGUAUAGAUGACAAAGAGUACCACUUGUAUACAUAGAGUGGAAGUCCCAGUAAUUGCUGGA